AUGGACACCAGAUUUGUGGCCCUGUUUCUUGCUUUUGUAUGUGUUGUUGCAGCAAAUAAUUCUGAAGGAAGGAGCUGUGUAGACGAUGGAGCUUCUUCGGCUGCCACCGAAGAAAUUAACAAAUACACGGCUGUACAAGCAACGGACCAUUGUAUAAACGAGUUGCAUGACAAUUCGGCAUCUCCUAAGAACCAAGAUUCGAAAUUACACCAACUGAAAACCGUCAUGAAUGAAGAAACUAUCAUCAACUGCCAUACAGAAGAAAACUUUCAAGUAUCAAUGGAGGAGCAUUCGUUUUUGUCUAGAAAUCUGUUUUCAAUUUCUGAGCGCAUCCCGAGAAGGUACCUAAGGCACAGGAACCGAAGGCACCAUCGGUUUGUGGCAAAAGCUUCGGCACCGACAUAUCAUUUCCUCUCUCCCUCUCCCUCUCCCUCUCUCUCUCCAUCUCUCUCUCCUUCUCUCUCUCCCUUUCUCUCUCCCUCUCCCUCUCCCUCUCCCUCUCUCUCUCCUUCUCUAUCUCCCUCUGACACGUUGGGCCCCACUCCUCCGCCUCAGGCGGACAUCAAUCAACCUUUGACAUUGCCGGAAAAUGUGUUGCCUAGCCAGAGGGCACGUGACAACAAUAAUGAUAAUGAUAAUAAUAAUCGGAAGGAUAUGUUAGCUGGCUUAAUAGUGGCGAUUUUGGUUUUGGGACUCCUAACUGUAGCUCUUUUGUUGUUCGUCUGUCUUAAGAGGAAGAGGCGAGUCGAGCCGAAGGAGGGGCAGAGAGAUGAGAAGCCUCUCCUCAACUUUACCAUCAGCAAUAUUUCGGCAGGUUCUUCCUGCCACACCUUGAGUAACCCGAGCAGCAACAAUCUUGCUAAGGUCCCUUCGGCCACCGGCUUAUCGCCGGCGGCCGCUAAUCCCGAAGAAUCUCAGUCUCAUGCAGAAGGGGAAAACGUAAAUGUUUUGCCACUUCCUCCGGGAAGAAAACCACCGCCGGCCGCCCCACCCGGACCACCACCGCCACCUCCGCCAGCCAAACCUCCAGCUCCGGCAGCUCCACCGCCGCCUAAAAUUGGCCUCCGGCCGACACCCCCAAACCCGUCCCCUCUUGGGCCCCACCACCGGCGAUCUUCCACGGCUGAGGCAAGCAAUGGCUCUGAUGAAUCCGAAGCUCCAAAAACUAAGUUGAAGCCGUUUUUUUGGGAUAAGGUUCUCGCGAGCCCGAAUCACUCGAUGGUGUGGCACGAGAUUAAGGCUGGGUCGUUUCAGUUCAAUGAGGAGAUGAUGGAGAGUCUAUUUGGAUAUACACCUGCUGAUAAAAACAAGAACGAGCACAAAAAAGACUCGUCUUCUUUCGAUUCUCCUCAGUUUAUUCAGAUUAUCGACCCGAAAAAAUCACAAAACUUGGCGAUCCUUCUAAAAGCAUUGAAUGUGACGACAGAAGAAGUCUGUGAUGCUCUCAAAGAAGGCAACGAGCUCCCAUCAGAACUCAUCCAGACUUUACUGAGAAUGGCACCAACAUCAGAUGAAGAAUUGAAACUUCGAUUAUAUGGUGGAGAUAUCGCUCAACUCGGCCCAGCCGAGAGGUUCCUCAAGAUCAUGGUCGAUAUCCCAUGUGCCUUCAAACGACUCGAAGCAUUGCUCUUCGUAAGCACUUUUCAGGAAGAUUUCUCUUCGACCAAAGAGUCCUUGGCAACUUUGGAGGUGGCAUGCAAGGAGCUCCGGAACAGCCGCCUAUUCCUGAAGCUUCUAGAAGCUGUUCUGAAAACGGGCAAUCGAAUGAACGACGGCACGUACCGUGGCGGAGCACAAGCUUUCAAGCUCGACACUCUCCUCAAGCUCUCGGACGUUAAGGGCACGGACGGUAAAACAACACUCCUCCACUUUGUGGUACGAGAGAUUAUCCGCUCGGAGGGCAUUCGAGCCGCCCGUCGCCUCCAAGAGAGCCGCAGCUUGUCCAGCGUGAAAACCGAAGAUCUCUACUUAGACAACCCUUCGAAUGAGUCGGAGGAUUACCACCGGGCCCUCGGGCUUCAAGUCGUGUCCGGGCUAAGCAGUGAGCUCAAGAAUGUGAAGAAAGCUGCACUUGUCGAUAACGAGAGCUUAAUCGAGACUGCAAAACGACUCGGGCAGGCCCUCGAGCAGACCAAGACUUUUCUCGAGGCCGAGAUGAAAGAGGUUGAAGAAGAGGAGGAAGAUGGAGGGUUUCGAGAGGCGCUGACUGGAUUCGUGGGCCAGUGCGAGUCGGAUAUCAACUGGUUAAAAGACGAGGAGCGUAGGAUCACGGCCCUGGUGCGCAGCACAGGGGAUUAUUUCCAUGGGAGGGCCGGGAGGGAGGAGGGGUCCCACCUGUUUGUGAUCGUGCGCGAUUUUCUGCUGAUGCUGGACAAGGCUUGCUUGGACGUGAAGAGCUCGUCGAGGAAGGCGGCAGGGCCAAGGAAGGAACCUACCACGUCAUCGUCGUCCGUUUCGGAGUCACCAAUCGAGAGUCACCGGAGACUUUUCCCGGCGAUGAGGGAGCGCCAGCUGGACGAUGAUUUCAGUUCGGGUGAUGAAAGUUGA